GUGGACAGGCCCCGGCGGAGCCUCGGGAAGCCCGAGAGCCACAAGCUGGAGCUGCCCCGCCCGCAGGGUGGGGGCUACGCGACUGCCGAGGGGGAAGAAGGCCGAGCAGUUCCCGUGGCUAAAGCCGCGCUGCAAGGCGAGCCACCAUGUUCAACCAGCAGUUGCAGCAGCAGCAGCUUCAGCAGUUGCAGCAGCAGCAGUUGCAGCAGCAGCAGUUGCAGCAGCUCCAGCAGCUGCUCCAGCAGUCCCCACCGCAGGCCCCACUGCCCAUGGCCGUCGGCAGGGUGCUCCCCCAGCAGCAGCCACAGCUGCAGUUCCUGAAUCUCCAGGGCACCAGCUCAGCCUCCCUCCUCAACGGCUCUGUGCUGCAGAGAGCUUUGCUUCUGCAGCAGUUGCAAGGACUGGACCAGUUUGCAAUGCCACCAGCCACGUAUGACAGUGCCGGCCUCACCAUGCCCACGGCAACAUUGGGUAACCUCCGCAGCUACAACCUGGCAACCCCAAACCUGACGGCGCCUAGCCUCACACCUCCCCAGAUGGCCACCCCAAAUCUACAGCAGUUCUUUCCCCAGGCCACUCGGCAGUCCUUGCUGGGCCCUCCUCCUGUCGGGGUCCCCAUAAACCCCUCCCAGCUCAACCUUUCAGGGCGAAACCCCCAGAAACAGGCCCGGACCUCCUCCUCCACGACCCCUAAUCGCAAGGAUUCUUCUUCUCAGACGAUGCCCAUGGAGGACAAGUCAGACCCCCCCGAGGGGUCUGAGGAAGAUGCAGAACCCCAAACAGACACACCCGAAGACCAAGACUCCCCCCACUGCCCAGAUGGCAUCGCUAAGGAGAAAGACACUCCAGCACCUAAGCCUGAGUCUUGUGAGGCAUCUGAGCCACCCGCUAAAAGGUCAAAGAGCUCAGAGGAGCCCACAGAGCAGGGGCCUCCAGGGCAGCUGCAGGCAAAGGUCCAGCCACAGACCCGGUUAAGAGCACCGAAGCAGACACAGACACCCGAGCUGCUGUCUGAGCCACUGGAAGCCCGAGUGCUGCCACGAUUCCAGCCACGGGUUCUGCAGAUCCAAGCCCAGGCGCAGCCGCAGACUCAGCCACAGAUGCUGCCAUUGGAUGCCCAGGUGCAGCCAAAGCUGCAGAAGCAGGCGCAGACACAGACCUCUCCAGAGCUCUUAGUGCCGCAGCAGGUACGGCUGCAGCUGCAGAAGGAGGCAGAGCCACCAAAACAGAUGCAGCCACAGUCACAUUCACAGUCCCCAAGGCAGGCACAGCCACAGCUGCAGAAGCAGGCACAGACGCAGACGUAUCCCCAGGUCCAGACAGAAGCACAGCCAAGGGUCCGGCCCCUGGAGCAGCCACCAGAACAACCUCCAUUGUGGCCACCGGAGCCGGCCCAGAGACAGCCUCAGACGCAGCCACAGGUGUCGGUGCCGGCAUCAGAGAAAACAUCAGUUCUGGUUCACUCCACAGUGCUGGAGACGCCGCCCAACAUGGUAGAAGCUGGAGCAGGCCCGGAGGAGGCCUCACCGGAGCCAGUGGGCACAGAGGUCAGCAUGGAGGAGAGCCAGGAGGAGUUGACCGGUGGCCUGGAUGUGGGAGAAUGUGAAAAAAGAGCCAGAGAGAUGCUAGGGGUGUGGGGUGCCGGGGGCUCCCUGAAGGUCACCAUCCUGCAGAGCAGUGACAGCCGGGCCUUUAGCACUGUACCCCUCACACCUGGGCCUCGGCCUGGUGAUUCCACCUCCGCCACCCCUGCCGCAGCCAGCACACCCUCCAAGCAGGCCCUUCAGUUCUUCUGCUACAUCUGCAAGGCCAACUGCAGCAGCCAGCAGGAGUUUCAGGAUCACAUGUCGGGGGCCCAGCACCAGCAGCGGCUCGGAGAGAUCCAGCACAUGAGCCAAGCCUGCCUCCUGUCCCUGCUGCCUGUGCCCCGGGAUGUCCUGGAGAGAGAGGACGAAGAGCCUCCACCCAGGCGCUGGUGCAACAUCUGCCAGCUCUACUACAUGGGGGACCUGAUCCAGCACCGCAGGACGCAGGACCACAAGAUCGCCAAGCAGUCCCUGCGACCUUUCUGCACUGCUUGCAACCGCUACUUCAAGACCCCCCGUAAGUUUGUGGAGCAUGUGAAGUCCCAGGGGCACAAGGACAAAGCCAAGGAGCUGAAAAUGCUUGAGAAGGAGAUAGCCGGCCAAGAUGAGGACCACUUCAUCACAGUGGAUGCUGUGGGCUGCUUUGAGGGCGAUGAAGAAGAGGAGGAAGACGACGACGAUGAAGAAGACAUCGAGGUUGAGGAGGAAUUCUGCAAGCAGGUAAGAACCAGGGAUAUAUCCAUAGAGGAGUGGAAAGACUCGGAGACCUACAGCCCCAACACCGCAUACGGUGUGGACUUCCUGGUGCCCGUGAUGGGCUACAUCUGCCGCAUCUGCCAUAAAUUCUACCACAGCAACUCGGGGGCGCAGCUCUCCCACUGCAAGUCCUUGGCCCACUUUGAGAACCUGCAGAAAUACAAGAAGGCCAAGAACCCCAGCCCCACUACCAGGCCCGUGAGCCGCCGAUGUGCAAUCAACGCUCGGAACGCCUUGACUGCUCUGUUCACCUCCAGUGGCCGCACAUUCACCCAGCCCAGCACCCAGGACACAGCUAAAACCCCCAGCAAGGGUUAGGGUGGUCACAGGGAAGUCAGCCAGAGCGUCCUGCCUAGGAAAUCCUGCCAGGUACCAAGUCUCCUCUCCAUUUCCUCCAUCAGCUGCCUAGAGGCCAGAGUCCCUAUUCCUGAGUCAGGCAAUCAAGGCCUCUGUCCUUGAGCAGACCCUACUCUACAGCCCUUCCUGGUUCCCCCUGCCCUCAGGAUAAAGCUCCCAGCAGACUCCAGGGCCCUACUCCCCUCUCUGGCUCCGCCUCCCCUGUCUUUUCCUUUCCUCUCUCACACCUGCCUUUGCCCACCCCAGGCCCCUUGAACAGGCUAUGGCCUCUGCCUGGAAUGUGCUGUGUCCUCCUUCUAUCUUCCUUCCCUCCUCACCUCCUGGAUGAGCCCCUCUCAUCCUUCAAGUCUCAGCGUGGAUGUUGCCACAGGGGGCCCUCCCAGUGCCCCAGACUGGAUCAGGCCUCCAUUCCUGACCCCCUUGCCUUCUCACUCCUCCAUGGCCCUCACCUCCAGAUUGACUGCUGUGAUAUGUGCUGGUCUGUCUCCCCCACCGGACUAUAGCAUGUGCUCUGUGAGGGGUGGAGUGGUCUUAUGUUCACUGCUGUUUCCCUAGUGCCUUCACUGUCACGCAGGAAACAUUUGUUGAAUGAAUGAAUGGAUGGAUGGAUGGAUGGAUGGAUGAAGCCUGACUUUCUAGCCUUUUGGCCUCUGUUCAACUGUCCCUGCCACCCAGAAUGCCUCAACCACAACAGUUGUUCAAGGACCAGCUGCAAACACCUCCUCUUCCAAGAAUCCUUCCCUGGUCUUCGCCAGACACCAUACCAUCACUCCUUCCUUCACAGACACUCCUGACCUGCUUCUCUCAGCAACUAAACAUCCUUUAGGACCCCAGGUCUGGGCCUGUUGCCCACUGCGGGACCCAGUUCUGAGCCAGCCUAUGACUCAGAUACAUUCAGCUGCCAGCUUGGGAAAAAAGGGGAAAUGGCUGGCAGUGUUUGGAAGCGGCCAGGGCUGGAGGAAAGUGUCUGGCAUAAAGGUGAAGAUGUGCCUGCGUUCGGGGUCUGGAGGAAGAGCACCCAUUGCCCAGAGCUGGCACAACUCACAGAGGACAGAGUCCUGGAAAUCUCUGUUAUCUCUGAGAGUCCAAUACCCUAUGAUACAAAUGGGGAAACCGAGGCCCAAGAAGGAAGAGACCUGCCUGGGGUCCUCCAGCUGGUUGAGGGCAGAGCCAAGAUUCAGACUUGGGGAGCAGGGACACUUGGGUUUUCAUCCCAGCUCUGUCCCAUCCCAGCAAGUUACUGCAUCUUUCUGCAAAAGGGGGAUAAGAACUGGGUUGUUGUGAGGAUUCAAAUAUAUAUAUCAAGAACUCAGGGUCUGGCCACAGCAAGCAAUUAGUAGAUGAUCACUCUUAGCAACAUUUCACAUUCUGGUCAGGAGACAAAAGCGAGGAGAAGGAUGGGGUGGAGAGGGGACAAGUGUCUCCACUACUGGGGCUAGGCUUUGUUUGUGUCAAGUGUCAAGGGUACUUCCAAGCCUUUGCCUUCCACUGGGGACAUUGUCCCCCCCCCCCAAUAUGCUAAGUCCUGUGAAUCUGCCAACUUCCACUCAGUGUGACUCCUGGGAGGCCCUUCCAGAUGCUCCCACCACAGCUGCCAGUGUAAUUACCACACCUGGUUGCUAUUUACCAGCAGUAGACCUGGCAAACCCGCCAGCCUACCACUUCCCCCACUUACUCUACCCUCCUCAUUAAACUCAGAACCUGAGCAAUGAAGUAUUGUAAAACUACUGUAGUGAUGGCUGCACAAUUCUGUGAAUGUCCUAAAACCCACUGAAUUGUACAAUUUAAAUGGACACAUUGUGUAUUAUGUGAAUUAUAACUCAAUAAAGCUGUUACUCAAAACAAAACCAAAA